GUUUUGGUGGCGGCACCGGCGGAAGUGACGUCAGGACCCGGAAGUGCGGCCUGUGUUUUGGGAAGGCAGCGAUGGCGCCGGUGUCCCGCUCGCGGAGCCCUUCCCCGCCGCGCAGCAGCCGCGCCCGGAGGUCGAGGUCCCGGUCGAGGUCGAGGUCCCGGCCGAGGCCUGGCCCGCCUCCGCGGGGCUUGUGGCACGGAGAGGCCGGCAAGGAGCAGGAGGAGGCGCUGCGGCAGAGGCGAUUAAAUGAGAGGGAACGAAUAGGUGAAUUGGGAGCGCCUGAAGUUUGGGGAUUGUCGCCGAAAGUUCCUGAGCCAGAUUCUGAUGAACAUACUCCUGCAGAAGAUGAAGAUGGGACUUCAAAGAAGAGCAGCUCCUCAGAUUCCAGCUCUGAAGAGGAGGAGAAGAAGAAAAAGAAGAAGAAAAAGAAAAAGAAGAGAAAAGCUGCUUCACGUGAGGAGGAAAAGAAAAGAGCCAAGAAGAGGAAAAAGAAGCACAGAAAAAAGAAAUCUAAGAAGAAAAAGAGCAAGAGGAGCAAGAAGGACUCCACCGACUCAAGCAGUGAAGAUUCCGACAGUGAGACCAUCCCAGGGGAUGAGCUGUGGAUCGAAAGGUCAAAAAAUGCAGACGCAGUGGAUUUCAUUGGCCCAGAAGCUCCUAUUACCCAUGCUUCUCAGGAUGACCGACCCUUGAACUACGGUCACGCUCUGCUCCCUGGUGAAGGUGCUGCCAUGGCAGAGUAUGUCAAAGCGGGGAAACGUAUCCCUAGAAGAGGUGAGAUUGGUCUAACCAGCGAAGAGAUUGCAUCGUUUGAGAAGUCCGGCUAUGUCAUGAGUGGCAGCAGGCACCGGCGGAUGGAGGCCGUGCGUCUGCGCAAAGAGAACCAGAUUUACAGCGCGGACGAGAAACGGGCCCUGGCGUCUUUCAACCAGGAGGAGCGGCGCAAGAGGGAGAACAAGAUCCUGGCCAGCUUCCGGGAGAUGGUCUACCGGAAAACCAAGGGCAAGGAUGAGAAAUGAACGGCGUGCUGCUUUGUAUCGCCUGUCCGUAGAGAUUUGCAAAUGCGUGUACUUGCAAGGAUAUGGAUAUCAGACAAAGAGCCCUUUCCGGGGUCGUUUGCAAUGCUUUCGAGGACAUUGCGGAAUACAAAAACACAACACAUGGAGUCAGAAAUAGAGAAAACAGCAAUCCUGAAGAUUUAUGCAAACACGUUGUUGGGAACCAGCUCGGUAAUCUUGGAAAACAGCAUUUAAAAAAAAAAAAUUCUGAGCAUAUAAACAGGAACGAAAUCUGAGGGUUCUAUUCAGGUUGUUUGCAUUUGUAUUUGAGCCCAUGGUAUGAAACCAAAAACAAUUAACUGGAUCCAAAUGAGGCAAAAACAUCCUUAACAAGGGGAUGCCGCCUCAUGCUGAUUACUUCACAGAAUAGAUGUAAAAUAUUUCGGUUGUUUUAAAUCGUUUCUUUAUUUUAAUGCAUCAAAAGCAGCUUUAAACCGUUGUAAAUAAGACAGAUUUUAUUCCUUCCUUUUUGGAAUAUUGUACAUUGAAGGAGGUGGAAGAACCUGACCCCAUCUUAACGAAAGAGAGAACUGUUUGAAGAAUAUCCAGUUGGAUUUAUAAGUAGAAUUUCUGUGGGGGGAACACAACCAAUAUUUGGGUCGGAAUCAGGAGUUUUUUUAAUCUGCUAUUUACUCAAAGUCAGCCAUAUUUUAGGUAAAACCUUGGACCAUUGUGUAGUAAACGGAACGCACUACACAAAAAGCUUGCGAAGGUGCCAUAGGAAAUGCCCCUUCUUCCCAAGGCAGGAUGUAUAUAUAUAGAGGGUGGAGUGGGUUUUAUCUAAGUACCUCUCUUUGCACAGUUCUCAAUAUUUGUAUUAUUUCUGAGAACGUUUAAAUAAAUUGCUGAUUCCAAGUA